AUGUCGGGCACGACGCCCACCGACCGCACACUUGCGGAGCUAACGGCCAAGCUCGCCGAGUUCCGGGCGUCGCCGGCCCGGCUGGGGCUCCUCUACCCCCCGGGGACAACGCUCAGCAACUGGGCCAAGGAACUGGAGAGGGAGCACGCGCGGGCCGUGCAGGCGCCGCCGCCCGAGAGCGCCUUUGUCAGGGCGGGGCUGCGCUCGCGGCUGCUGGUGCUAGACGCGAGCUUCAACCCGCCGACGCUGGCGCACGCGCACAUGGCCAAGCUCGCCGUGCGCGACGUGCUCGCGGAGCAGCGCGCGGCCCUGGCCGGGGCCUCCGCCGCGCCUGUCGUUCGGCCCCAGACGCGCCUGGUGCUGCUGCUCGCGGUCGCCAACGCCGACAAGCCGGCCGCGCCCGCGCCGCUCGAGCACCGCCUCGCGAUGAUCUACGCGUUCGCGCGACGCCUGCAGGAGGAGUUGCGGGGCCAGGGCGACGAGGUGCCCGUCGACAUGGCGCUCACCUCGGAGCCCUUCUUCAGCGGCAAGGCCGACGCGCUGCGCGCCGCAAGCUGGUACCCGGGCGCGGAGCUGCUGCCGAUGGAGUUUAUCGUGGGCUUCGACACGCUGGUGCGGAUCCUGGAUCCCAAGUACUACAAGGGGGAAGCGAGCCAGACAGGGGAGGGUGCUGCCGGCUCGGGUCAUCAAGAGAAGGGAGGCGUUGAAGCGGCGGCACGGGGGCGACGACCCCAGACGCCCAUGAUGAGGGCGCUGGACCCCUUCUUCACGCACGCGUCGCUGCGGGUGAUGCUGCGGCCGGGCGAGGACUACGGCGGGCGCGACGCGCAGCGGAGCUAUAUCGCGGCGCUGGGCGGGGCAGCGCAGGGUGACGCGACUGGCAGCAGUCUUGACGAGGUUGGCGGCGACGCGUCCUGGAUGCGCAAGGUGCAUGUGCUCUCCGACGAGGAGACUGGCGGCACUGUGGCAGAGGGCGUGAGCAGCUCCCGGGUCCGCCAGCUCGUGCACGACGGAGGCCCCCCGGCCGCGCAGGACCUCGUGCAUUCGCCGGUUCUUGACUGGAUCAGUAGGUACGAGCUGUACAGGCGGUCGCGGUUGCCCAAGGGCACGUCUACGGACGAUGGAGGGUCUGGUUGA